GGGAACAGAUCACCAGCGGAGUCAGAAGUGGUUAGAUAGUUGGGCAGAGUCUUUUACCCAGAGUGCACUGUAGGGUACUCACUGAAACGUUCACCUUGGUAAGCAUAGCGGUCCGGAAGGGUAGUCUGUCAUUCGUUUUGAGCCGCAUGCAUCACGCACCAUCGAGCCGUCCCACUCUCCACGCACAGGCGCCUUGUACUCAGUCCUGUUUUAUUCUUUCAGCGUGAUACAGGGAGGAGAAUCCGUAUCAGCACACUGUGGAAUCUAAUGUGGAUGCAAAACUCGGUUUUUAAAGAUUCAUGGGGAUACUUUAGAGGAAAUCUUGACGACCCUGCAUGUUAUCAGCAGAGCUUUGAAGGACUGGGGAGUGACAGAGAAGAGAGAGAGCAACAGUCUUCAUCUGACAGCGUGACCAUUGGAUGAGCCUUGUUCAUGCGUCUCCCUGUGUGCAACUCCCACAUCACUAUGAACUGUGAGCAGGACUUCGGAGACGGGGGCCUGGGUGUGACCCUUACACUCCGACUGCUCAUGCAUGGCAAGGAAGUUGGCAGCAUCAUAGGCAAGAAAGGAGAGACGGUGAAAAGAAUACGAGAAGAGAGCAGUGCACGGGUGAACAUCUCAGAGGGCUCCUGUCCAGAGAGGAUCAUCACCAUCACUGGUUCUACAGACUGUGUCUUCAGGGCCUUCACCAUGAUCACAUACAAACUGGAAGAGGACCUCACUACACUGGUGGCCAACGGCACCAUCAGCAGCAAACCCCCAGUGACCCUACGACUAGUCAUCCCAGCCAGCCAGUGUGGCUCCCUUAUUGGCAAGGGAGGGGCCAAGAUCAGGGAGAUCAGAGAGAGCACCGGAGCACAGAUACAGGUGGCAGGGGAUUUGCUGCCAAACUCUACUGAGCGAGGGGUGACGAUAUCGGGGAGUCAGGACUCUGUAAUCCAGUGUGUCAAACUCAUCUGCACUGUAAUCCUGGAGUCUCCCCCGAAAGGUGCUACUAUUCCUUACCGGCCCAGCCUCUCCCCAGGAGCACUUCUCAUCUCUGGCAACCAGGUGUUUGAGGCAUCAGACUUUACCCCCCACCCUCUGUACUCAGUCUCCCAGGGGGGGCUUGACCUGCAGCAGAGUGAUCUCUUCCAGGCCUACACUGUACAAAACCAAUAUGGAAUUCCUCAUACAGAGUUGGCCAAGCUACAUCAGCUAUCCAUGCAGCAGAACAUGCAGCAGAACAUGCAGCAGAACAUGCAGCAGAGUACCAUGUGCCAGCAGGCUACAACCAUUCUAUCCGGAAUGGACUCAAACUCAUCGCAGGAGCUCCUUAUUCCGAAUGAUCUGAUAGGCUCGAUCAUCGGCCGGCAGGGCGCUAAGAUCAAUGAGAUCAGGCAGAUGUCGGGGGCUCAGAUCAAGAUUGGCAGCCAGCUAGACGGAACCAGUGACCGUCACGUCACCAUUACAGGCACACCAGUCAGCAUCAACCUGGCCCAGUACCUCAUCACCUCCUGUUUAGAGACAGCUAAAUCCACGGCCCAGGCAGCGUCCAUGGCCUCCCCCAACAUGGCUGACCUCAACAUGGCCUUCACCCAGCCCGUCUCCCCGGCCUCCUCCCCCCACUCCGCCUCCACCCUGGCAGCCAUGAGUGCCCUCUCCCCAACCCCUGUCAUGGGCCACCCCUACGGCGUUCUGCCCUUUUCCGGCCUGCUAGGGGUCAAGUCUGUCCCCUUCCUGACUCUCUCUAGCCCCACGCCCCAGGUCACUGUCACCGCAGCCCCCUCCCACACCACCCUGGCAGCCUACACUACCAAAAUCUCCUCAGCCAACUGCAUCAAGAAACCCGACAGACAGAAGUUCGCACCUUACUGAUGCUACAUGGUACACCAGGCUAGCCUCAGCCUUCUUCUGGAGGCUGAAAUGAAGGACAGCUUUCUAUAAUGGCUCCAUCUCCAGUUACACCCUAUCCCCUACAUAGUGCACUAUAUGGUGAAUAGGGUGCCAUGUCAGAUGUUCAUUCACUCACGCCAUAUCUGCUGCCAGAGAUGGUCUUGACUUGACUUUAUAAUUCACCACAUGGAAGAGAGGAUAACUAUCAUAAGGUAUACUAUACAUUACAUAUAUAGAUGAUUUGUGAGUUCCCCAUAAAAUGAUGGACUGCUUUCACCUCCACUUCAUUCUACUGUUAUUUAUCACUAAUAAAGGGGACAGUCCUAACUUGGGAAAUGCACUAACUUGGAUUUUCAUGCACUGAUGUGAUGGUACGUUUUUGCCUCUCAAGUUAGGAAUAGGCCCAAAAGUAUUUAUCCUUCAGUAAGUUUGUAAGUUAUACUCUGAUGCGGAUGGAUGCACACUGUAUGAUGCUUUUAUACAAUGUCUAUGUUUGCUUCUUGAAGUUUUUAAGAAAAUCUGUAAAUGCUUGGGAGGAAAAAGAUAAGUGUUUUCUGCUAUAGGAAUCUAGUGUUGAGUGUUGUUUGUUAUGUGCAACUUGUUUUAUUUAUGUAAAUUGAUUUGUUUAUUAAACCUUUUUUUUUCUUGAAAUGGC